AUGACUCAAAGGGUCACAUUUGAUGAAUUGUAUCGUCGCUCAACACAAUACAGAAAAUGGUCAUUCACAAGAGAUGAACUACAGCAAAGAAGGAAAACCAUAAAUGAAAAAGGCUCAUUAAAAGUUGAUGAAAGACUUAAAGAAACCCCGGAUGUUGAACCUUCACAAAUUGAGAAAGUCACUGUUGACGAGGAACAAAAGUUGAUUUCUUUCCACUCAAGGAGAAUCAUAAUGUUGGCGAAGUAUUUUAAUAUGCCUUCACAGGUUAGGGCCACUGCAAUUUCAUUUUUAAGAAAGUUUUAUCUUGUCAAUAGUGUCAUGGAGUAUCAUCCAAAGCUCGUGUUACUCACAUGUUUAUUCCUUGCUGCUAAAUCGGAGAAUUUCUUCAUAAGUAUUGCGUCUUUCUCCAAAAGAAUCCCAAAGACAACACCAGAGUCCAUUUUGUCGCUAGAAUUUGAAAUAUUACAAUCCCUUCAAUUCACUCUGUUUGUUCAUCAUCCUUUCAGGCCUUUGUAUGGAUUCUUCUUUGACAUACAGGAAGCAUUGAAAGGUGAAGUAACUGCUAAAGAAUUGGGUAAAGUUUAUGACAAUGCUAGAAACUUGAUCAACGAAGCAAUCAUAUCAGAUGCUGUAUACUACUAUACACCACCUCAAAUUGCAUUAGCAUGUCUCAGAGAAGUUGAUGAAGGCUUAACCAUGAAAUACUUGGAAAAGAAGUUUAAGAAAGAGAAAUCAGAAGAGGAUAUUGAAGUUAAGGAGGAACUUCAAGAAAAGACUGAAGAUGAAGAAUCUAAACCUAAACAAGAGAAUAUAUCUGACCAUUAUGAUAUUUUGGUCAAAACCAUUACACAAUGUCAAGAAGUGAUACGAACUGCACAGGAUCCAACAAAAGAAGAAGCUACUGUUAUUGACAAGAAGGUUCAAUACUGUUUAAAUCCUUCAAUUGUACUCAAAAGAAAAAGAGAAGGUGAAACUCCUGAUGCUAAUGACCCGAACAAAAGGCAAAGAACAGAGUCAGUUGAACCUAGUUUAACAUAA